GGUCUAGAGAGCGCAUGCGUGGACUCCGGAGUUUCCGCCCCGGCGAGGCCGGCCGGAAGCGCGAGCGCACCUGAAGAGGGAUGCCAGCGGGUGACGGCCAUGUCAGUGAGGGUGCGGUUCCUGUCCCCCAGGGAAACGGCCGCCGUGGGGGCCGUGGGGCGCAGUGCCUCCUUCGCUGGCUUCAGCAGUGCACAGAGCCGGCGGAUGGCAAAGGGCAGCAGCAUCAGGGGCUCUGUGAGGUCUCGGACACCUGGCAGAGUGCCCAAGGCCUACGCCACACUGCGCAAGGGCUCUAGCUGCAUGGACCCCAAGCCUCAGCAGGUCAAGAAGAUCUUCGAGGCGCUGAAGAAGGGGCUCAAGGAGUAUCUGUUUGUGCAGCAGGCCGAGCUGGAUUACUUGUGUGGGUGCCACACGGAUACCCACAGGAGCUCCAGGCUGGCUUUCUACUAUGACCUGGACAAGCAAAUGCGCUCCGUGGAGAGGCACAUCCGGAAGAUGGAGUUUCACAUUAGCAAGGUAGAUGAGCUCUACGAGGGCUACUGUAUCCAGUGCCGCCUGCACGAUGGUGCCUGCAACAUGCAGCGGGCCUUCUCCAGGGGUCCGCCAAGCCGUGCCUCCCGCGAGAGCCUGCAGGAGCUGGGUCGCAGCCUGUACGAGUGCACCGAGGAUAUGUGGCUCAUUGAGGGAGCCCUGGAGGUUCACCUGGGCGAGUUCCAUGUCCGGAUGAAAGGCUUGGUGGGCUAUGCGCGCCUCUGUCCUGGAGACCAGUAUGAGGUGCUCAUGCGCCUGGGCCGCCAGCGCUGGAAGCUGAAGGGCCGGAUUGAGUCAGACGACAGCCAGACAUGGGACGAGGAGGAGAAGGCCUUCAUCCCCACCCUGCACGAGGAUUUGGAGAUCAAGGUGACUGAGCUGAGGGGCCUGAGCUCGCUGACCGUGGGUGUUGUGACAUGUGACAUCGCCGACUUCUUCUGCACGCGGCCGCAGGUCAUUGUGGUAGAUAUCACGGAGCUGGGCACCAUCAAAUUGCAGCUCGAGGUGCUGUGGAGCCCACUUGAUUCCGAAAGCCAGCUGUCAUCUUCCAGCCCCCUGGGCAAGUUCUCAGUGAACAGCAGGAAGGGCUCCUUGUAUGCCUGGACUCCCCCAAGCACCCCCAGCUUCCGGGAGAGAUACUGCCUGUCUGUGCUGCAGCAGCCGGCGCCGCAGCCCUGGUUGCCGGGCAGGCCUAGGGUACCUUCCAUCCUCAGCUACCUGUCGGACAGCGACCUGCAUGGCCGGGGCCCCUGGAGCUGGAGCCAGGAGCUGCCUGAGAUGGACUCCUUCAGUUCCGAGGACCCCCGAGAUGCCGAGACCAGCACAUCAGCGUCUGCCUCAGACAUGGGCUUCUUGCCCUUGGCCAUCGGCCCCCCUGCCUCCAUUGAGGAGGAGGGGCCCCUGCUGCCUCAGGGCCUGCUGCCAGAGGUGGCCUGCCUGGCGGGGAGUUCACCAGUGGGGCCGCCAGGCUGGCAGAGCCUUGGGGAAGACAGCCCCGAUCUGGCCUGGGGUGUCCUGGGCCACAGUGGCACAAACCCACAGCCCAACCAGGAGGGCCAGGCUGAUGGAGAAGCAGAGGACAGCAUGGAGGGUCCUGGCCCAGCCCUGGAGCAACCGCUGCAGGAGGUCCUGGAGUUGCUAAGGGGCCCGCACCCCACCUGGUGGCCGCAGCUCUGGGAGCUGGAGCACCAGGUUGUCCAUCUCAGGGAGCGGCUGAAGCCCCGUGGAGCCCGGCGGCAGGAGCACGCCUCGGCUGAGAGCCUGACCAAGUGCGUCCUGGACAGCUUUGCCUUCCUCAAUGCCCACUUCACCCCGGACCAGCUGUCUCUGGCGGGGGGCUCCCAGAGUCCCCGAAGGGACAGGACCUCGUCGCCAUCACCAUCACCACAGGGGCCAUCCUGGGAGCUGGACGAGCUGCUGGCUGUGCACCUGCGUGUGUGCAGAGCUGUGCUGCAGAAGCUGUUGUCCCCACUUGUGUCGCGGGUGGUCCAGGAGCAACUGCUGGAGGAAGCGGUGCAGCAGAGGCGCGUCUUGGAGACGCUUUCUGGCCUCGACUUGGACAAAGUCAGACAGACAGCGGCCGCUGAAGCAAUCCUUUCACAGGCCAUGUGUGGGAAGGGGUGCCGGGCGCUGUGGAGGGCGUGCACGGCCCCCUGUGUGGCACUGACCUGCCCCGCCUCCACACUGCUGAGCCAGCUCAAGAGGACGUUCCUGCACCGGCUCAGAGGGAAGCACCUGCGACAGCUGGAAGCAGUGUGCCACCAGCUGCUGGAGCAGGUGGUCAGCUGUAGUGGGCUGCUCCCGGGGCCCGGGAUCUUGGAGGAACAGAGGCUCACCUGGUUCCAGUUCCUCGGCUACCUGCAGAAGCAUGGUGUGAGUGACCUGGAGGAGCACCUGGCCCAGCUAGCCAAGGAAGUCAAACUCAUCGAGGAGCUGCACAGCACUGCACAGCUCAAGGCCAUCAAGAAGCUGCAGGGGAAGCGGCUGGGCCAGCUCCAGCCCCUGCCCCAGACCCUGCGAGCCUGGGCGCUGCUCCAGCUGGACGGAUCCCUACGGGUGUGCAGGGCGGCCAGGGUACGCCUGGCUGGCGCAGCCCGCAAUACAAGCUUCCGGGAGAAGGCUCUGAUCUUCUACACCCACGCCCUGGCCGAGAGUGACGCCAAGUUGCAGCAGGCUGCGUGUGUAGCGCUCCAGCAGCUCCGGGGUAUCGAAAGCAUUGAUGACAUUGCCCGCCUGUGCCAGUCUGACGUGGAGGCUGUGCGCACAGCAGCUCGGGAAGCCACGCUGUCAUUCGGUGAGAAGGGACGCCUGGCUUUUGAGAAGAUGGACCGACUCUGUGCAGACCCAGAAGUCUCCUGCCAGGACGACGAGGUUGAAAUCACUAUAUUUUAGAAGCCCCAGCUCAUGAGGGUCCUUCUAGAAUUGUGUGUGUGUGUGUGUGUCGUCAUCCAGCCCUGUGACCUGAAGCUGCAGACCCAGGCCACAGCCGAGCACCUGCAGAGGUAGGCCAAGUGGGACUGCCUGGCCUUCAAUGAGAGCCCAGCCUCUGGCUGGCUCUGUGAAGCCGAGUGUCCCAGCACCAGGCAGGUGGAGGCCCCGAGUCAGAGGCUGCGAGUACAUGGGAGGAACAUGAGGCUCGCUGCGUGCUGACCCAUUCUGGGCCCACUGGGUGGCUCCGGUCACUUCACCCUGGCAGAUGGAAGGGCUUGAGGCUAUCUGCAGCCCGAGCUGCACCCUGGCCAGCUGGCCAUGGGCCCCCGAGUAUGACAGCACAAAGCCAGCCGCUGGGGCUGGGAUGCCCUUCGCUGCGGCCACAUGGCUCAAAAAGGAACCAAAGAGGAAUCUGGCUCUGGGACAAAAUCAGGCCAGGCUGGAUCGGUGAUGGGAAAGCAGGCCCCUCUGCAGUCCGCUCAAAAACGAGCUUGUGUGUCCUGAGGUGCGUGUGUGGGAGCACAGAGACGAGGCAGACAGCGCUGUCCUGCCACUUUCCUGUGGAGAGUUGGUGGGUAUUUGCUCUUUUGGUUUUGCUCCGUAUUUAUUUGGUGCAUGUUCCACUUUCUGAAACUGCAAUGAAGGUUGUGGUG